AUGGGGAACUCGUUCACAUGCAUCUCUCACGAGGAGGAACAACGUCCCAAGAAAUCCCCAGGCGGCCGAAGCAAAGGAGGAGGAAGCAACUCCGGGAAAUACAUGCGUCGCUUAUCGCUGAUCCCUUCGUUUAGAAAGCGUACGCUACUUCCUUCGCUCUCCUGCUCUGGCUCAUCCUCCACUUCGUCUUCCAAGAAAGGCGGGAUCAAAGCCAAGAAGAAGAUUAGAGAGAGACAUCAUCAAGACCACCAUGGCCAUGACAAAGACUCUCACAUUAUUCAAGAGCAAACACUAGCAGCCACCAAUCUCCUCUUCAACCAAACCCCUCGUAACAGCAACUCUGUUGUUCCUCCAAAUUUCAGACGAUCCACCUCCGUGGUCUAUCCCACGACUCAGCCAGCAAGCUCAGGCGGCGGCUCAGGACCUGUUUCAGCCGUUCAGACUCCCAAGAAGUCAACUAGUGCAUUUGUAAGAAGCUCUAGCUCUAGGCAAAGGUCUAGUACAGAUCCCAUGAUCAAACCUAACCAACUCGUAGACAAGCAGCUGAAUAAGACGGAAGGUUCAGAGACGAAGCGGUUCGUGCUGGUUCAUGGUGGAGGAUUCGGGGCUUGGUGUUGGUACAAAACCAUAACUCUUUUGGAGAAACAUGGUUUCCAAGUCGAUGCCGUUGACUUGACCGGUUCAGGUGUAAGCUCUACUGACACCAACAACAUAACCAGCCUCGCUCACUACUCCAAGCCUCUCCUCCACUUCUUCGAAUCUCUCAAACCUACAGAGAAGGUGAUUUUGGUGGGUCAUGAUUUUGGAGGUGCUUGUGUGUCUUAUGCCAUGGAAAUGUUUCCUACUAAGAUCUCCAAAGCCGUCUUUAUCUCUGCUGCUAUGUUGGCUAAUGGUCAAAGCACUCUUGAUCUCUUUAAUCAACAGCUGGGGUCAAAUGAUCUGAUGCAACAAGCUCAGAUCUUUCUGUACGCCAACGGCAAAAAGAAUCCUCCAACCGCCGUUGAUUUUGACAGAUCUUUGCUUAGAGAAUUUCUCUAUAAUCAGAGCCCUCCAAAGGACCUCGCAUUGGCAUCGGUAUCCAUGAGACCGAUCCCAUUCGCACCGGUCGGCGAAAAGCUUCACGUGUCUGAGAAAAACUACGGCUCUAUCCGACGGUUCUACAUCAAAACCAUGGAGGAUUACGCCGUACCGGUUCCUCUUCAAGAGGCGAUGAUCAAAUUGAAUCCGCCUGAACAAGUUUUCCAGCUUAAAGGAUCCGAUCACGCACCGUUCUUCUCUCGACCUCAGUCAUUGAACCGAAUCCUCGUCGAGAUAUCUCAAAUACCAUCCAGGAAAUCAUCGUGA